AUGACAUCAGACGUCGAUUCGAUAGAACCCGCGCCGAUAGCGCCGGGCGAUCACAAAGGCUACCUUGAAUACGCCCUCUCACUAGCAAAGCAAUCGCCGCCAAAACCCAGCAACUACCGCGUGGGAGCUGUCCUCGUCAACCCAGCCAGCAACAGCGUCGUCUCAACAGGCUACACCCUGGAGCUGCCUGGAAACACGCAUGCUGAGCAGUGCUGCUUCAUGAAGCUGGCGGAGGAGUACGAAGUUGCCGAGGAGGAACUGGGCGAUGUUAUCAAGACACCCCUCGUCCUAUACACCACCAUGGAGCCGUGCUCGGUCAGGUUGAGCGGGAAUUUGCCUUGUACCAAGAGGAUUCUCCAACUGCGGUCCAUCAUCAAAGCAGUCUACGUCGGGGUGCAGGAGCCGGAGAAAUUCGUCAAGGAUAACACGGGGCGGACGGCUCUGGAGAGGGCGGGUAUCGACUUUUUCCACAUCAAGGGCCUCUACACGUCAACCUUUGCCCUUGAGGAGCAUCUCUUAUACCCGAGAGCCAUCCCCUGGGACACAGCCCUGUUCCUCUCUGACUUCGCCAUCACUUUCGGUCUUUUUGCCGUGGCCGUGGUGGAGACCGCGGACGAGGUGAUCGGGGCCGCGGAGGCGGUGAUCGCGGUCGUGGCGGCGGCGGUGGAGGCUUCCGUGGAGAUCGCGGCGGCGGCGGCGGCGGCUUUAGAGGAGACCGCGGCGGCCGUGGCGGCGGUGAUCGCGGAGGCAGAGGCGGCGGUGAUCGCGGAGGCAGAGGCGGUGGCUUCGACCGUGGCAGAGGCGGUGGUGGUUUUGAUCGUGGCAGAGGUGGUGACCGUGGGGGUCGCGGUGGCCGAGGAGGUCGUGGCGGCGGUUUCCGCCGGGAGCCAUUCGAGGGCGAAGCCCACUCGUUCUUCGGGCAACCAAGGCCAAGCCGUCCCUCAGCCUGAUGCCCAAGUCACGCAGCUGGAGAACCAGAUCAUCCAGGGUCAUCAGUCCAAGGACAUGGCUCUUGUCAAGAAGAUGAGCGGCAUGAAGCUUACCGAGGGCAACGCCAACGCCCUGAUGCCUCGUCGCCCCGCCUACGGCACCAAGGGCAAGGCCAUCAUCGUCUGGGCCAACUACUUCAAGUUGGACGUCAAGCCCAAGGUCCUUUACCGCUACAAUCUCGAAGUCCGCAAGGGCGAGAAGGACGACGAUGAGGCUCCCGAGGUGGACCCCAAAGGCAAGGGCAAGGCCAAGGCCGGCGGCGGCGGUGGCGACGGCCCGGCUGCCACCAUCCCCGCUCGCAAGCUCAAGCUCAUCCUCCAGCUGGCCAUCGACGAGCUCAAGAAGCUCGAGCCUAACGCCAUCCUCGCCACCGAGUUCAAGUCCCAGCUCGUCUCGCUCACUAAGCUGAAGCUCGACAAGAACCCCAUCAUCGUCAAGUUCAAGUCCGAGACCUCCGGCCGCGAGGAUAUCUACAACGUCAAGAUCGUCGGCGAGACCGAGGCCCCGUUGGAGGCUUUGGCCAAGUACCUGCAGACCAUGAUCGACACCAGCGACCCCGACGAGGAGAACUUUCCCCGAUUCGCAACCUCUGUGGACGCCCUUGGCGUCGUUCUCGGCUUCACUCCACGGCUGAAGGAUUCCGUCACUGCUAUUGGCAAGGGCCGAUUCUUCCCGUGGGGCCCCGGCACCGCUCACGCGCAGCUCGGUCACGAGAACCCCCUGACAGCUAUUCGUGGCUUCUUCCAGAGCGUCCGACUCGGCACCGGCAGGGUCCUCCUGAACGUCAAUGUCACUCAUGGCGUGUUCAAGACUUCCGUCAAGAUCAGCGACCUUUGCCGCUGGUUCGGCGUCAAUGUGUUUGGCACAGGCAGCUCUACCAACUCUAACAACGCGCGGAGCUACCUGCGCAUUCUGUCCAAGUUCCUGGCCAGGACCCGCUGCGAGAUCGAGUACCUUAACUCCAAGGGUGAACUGGUUCGUUCUAAGAAGGCGAUCCAGGGCCUUGCGUGUAAGCACGACCUCUCGCGGCCCCCUGUCGACACCACUGUGUUCUUCGCCAAUGGCUUCCACUAUGGUGGUCCUCAGGAGGUCAGCUUCAAGAUGGACCCUGAGGAGGGUCAGAAGACGGUCUUGGGCAAUAAGCCUCCCGGCAACUACACCAUUGCACAAUACUGGCAGUGGAAGUACAAGCAAGUCCCCGACAAGUCCAUGCCUCUCGUCAACGUGGGUACGGCUGCUAGGCCGCUGUUCUUCCCCGCCGAAAGGUGCACCAUUGUCGCUGGGCAGCCGGUUCGCUCGAAGCUCACCGGUGAUGAGACGACGGUCAUGCUUGACUUUGCCUGCCGCUCUCCCUUCGCCAACGCCGUUUCCCUGACGGUCGACAGCGCUCAAGCCCUGGGUUACGACCAGCCCCUCCUGCAGAAUUUUGGCCUCAGUGUCGAUAGGAGGCUCUUGUCCGUCAGCGGCCGCGAGCUGAUGCCCCCUACUGUCACCUACGGCAAUGCCAAGACGCUUCAGACUCGCGCUGGUUCUUGGAACAUGAGCGGCGUCAAGGUUGCCAAGCCGGGUCCCAGGAUCACUUCGUGGAACUGGGUGCGCAUCAUUGAGGAAGGGCGAACUCCCCAUGUCUCCACUCAGGUGGCUGGCCAGUCCGUGCAGCAGUUUGUCCAGUUCCUCAACACCAGUGGCAUUGCCAUCGAUACUCAAGUGCCCAACACCCCUCACGAGAUCACUGUCCAGCGUGGUCGCGAGAAAGAGGACAUCAAGGCUGCCUUUCAGCGUUACAAUGAACACGUCAUGGCCAAUAAGGGCACCACGAAGAACUUCUUCAUGCUCGUCAUCCUGCCCAGGCAGGACACCACCAUCUACGGCGCCGUCAAGUCUGUCGGCGACACCAUUUUUGGUUUCCACACUGUCUGCUCUGUGGAGAAGACGUUCUUCAAGAACAACCUGCAGACAUUUGCCAACAUUGGUCUCAAGUGGAACCUGAAGAAUGGCGGCAACAAUCACCUCGUCAAGGACUCUAUCGAUAUCAUCACGUCAGGCAAGACCAUGAUCGUCGGCUACGAUGUCACCCACCCCACGAACAUGCCCAACGACAAGAAUGCGGCGCCCAGUCUUGUUGGUCUCGUUGCGAGUGUCGACAAAGAAUUGGGGCAGUGGCCUGCUUGCGCAUGGGAGCAGGGCAGCCGCCAGGAGAUGUUGGGCGAGGAGCUGGUUGACGCUUUCAAGAGUCGACUAACGCUGUGGCGCAGCCGCAACGCCGGCAAGCUGCCCGAAUUCAUCGUCAUCUACCGCGAUGGUGUUUCCGAGGGCCAGUUCACGCAAGUUCUCACCGUCGAGCUGCCGCUGAUUCGCAAGGCGUGCUCUCAGCUGUACCCUCCCAACCAGCGGCCCAAGCUGUCCAUCAUUGUGUCCGUCAAGCGCCACCAGACGCGCUUCUAUCCCACCUCGGAGCAGAACAUGGACCAGAAGUCGCGUAACAUAAAGAACGGCACGGUUGUCGAUCGCGGCAUCACCCAAGCCCGUUACUGGGACUUCUUCCUUACGGCUCACACGGCCCUCAAGGGAACGGCGCGCCCUGCGCACUACACGGUGCUGAUGGACGAGAUCUUCCGGGAGAAGUACGGCGUUGGUGCUCAGGCGGCGGACCAGCUGGAAAAGCUCACCCACAACCUGUGCUACUUGUUCGGCCGCGCCACCAAGGCAGUCAGCAUUUGCCCGCCAGCAUACUACGCCGACAUUGUGUGCGACAGAGCUCGCGUCCACCGCCCCGAACUCUAUGAUAUUUCGGACACCGAGUCGGUUUCCACUGCGUCUCGGGCGGUCUCGGUUGCCACGAUCCAGGUCCACGACAACCUGCGCGAUACCAUGUAUUACAUCUAA